AUGAAGGACAUUCUUGUCAACAAGAGAUAUCGCGUUGAUUACAAGAUUGGAGAAGGAGGCUUCGGUCUCGUCUACGCUGGGACUGAUAUUGAGACGAAGCAUGAAGUUGCGAUAAAACUCACGCAUGUACGAGAUGGCCCCGAGGCACUUAAAUAUGAAGCCGAUGCAUAUGCCACGCUCUCUAGAGGUGUUGGAAUCCCACGAUUUCUCUGGUAUGGAGAGGAGGGUGAAUUCUAUGUUUUGGUGCACGAACUUCUGGGGUUGUCUCUGGAGGAUCUGUUUGAGUACUGCAAUCGGAAAUUUUCGCUCAAAACCGUCCUUCUCAUAGCCGACCAAGCUGUCCGUCGAAUCAAAUACAUUCACACUCAUGGCUAUCUACAUUGCGACAUUAAGCCGGAAAAUUUUCUCAUGGGAAACGGAAAGAAUGGCAACGUGCUUUACACAAUUGAUUUCGGCCUUGCCAGAGACUUUGAUGCUAGUGAAGGGCAUGGAGUUCGGGACGACCGUCCUUUUGGAGGCACCGCUCGAUAUGCCACGCUCAGGAAUCAUAGCGGACUUGAACAGUCUCGGGCCGAUGAUCUAGAAUCUUUGGGAUAUGUUCUUGUAUACCUCGCGCGUGGCUCUCUGCCGUGGCAGGGCUUGAAGGCAUCGACUGAGAAGGAGCUGGCCGAACUGAUCAAGCAAAAAAAAGCAAGCAAGCGGGCGAAGAAGACGCCAGGGGGUACUGGCUCUGGCCAAAACCGUGUUCAGAAGAAGCACGCCUCGUCCGGCAGAGGCCAGUUUUUUGAAUACUCACGAUUGGGAUCAGUGCGAGAAGGAUUGGACGGACGCAUUGAGUUCAAGAUCUAUUGGAAACCAACUUGGGGGACUCUCGAGGACCUUCGGGGAGCUCGGGCAUUGAAAGAGGCGGAGGUACUUACAGUAAAUUACUACGAUCAAGAUAUAUGGGAUGAGGAGAUGCGCAAGUCUGGUCGUCUUGGUUUACAUACGGACACCGAGUAG